GUUCCAUCUCGACUCUUGAAAUUGACCAUAAACGUCAGGCACAUCGAUCGCAAUGCCGCUGCCGCUCAGGAGUGAUCUCCACACGCUUGAUGAGACUACGUUUGAUUACAUCUACGAGGAGAAUGCCACCAUUCGUCUUCCGGGCGGCCGAGGUAUAGUCCGCUGUAACGUCUACCGACCCAAGGACACUUCUCGAACAUACCCUGUGCUUGUUACGUAUGGCCCAUAUGGCAAGGAUGUUCAUUACUCGGUCUUCCAUGCAGCAUCGUGGUCAGAGGUUCCGCAGGAGCAUCGUUCUCCACAUUCUGCUUGGGAAACACCAGAUCCAGGCUUUUGGACCCGCAAUGGCUACGCAAUCGUCCGGGCCGACGAAGUAGGACUUGGUCAGUCUCCAGGAGUCCUCGACACCAUGUCUCGCGACACAAGUCUUGCAUUUGCCGAUGUUAUCGAAUGGGCUGCAGAUCAACCGUGGUCAGCUGGCAAGGUUGGACUGCUUGGUAUCAGCUACUAUGCUGGUAGUCAGUGGCGCGUAGCGGCAAGGAGGCCGCGUGGAUUGGCGUGCAUCAUUCCCUGGGAAGGCAUGAGCGACUACUAUCGGGACCGGUGUAGGCACGGCGGUAUACUGUCAAAUACCUUCAUUGACUUCUGGUGGAACCGCCAAGUAUUGAAGAACCAAUAUGGAAGGCCAGGCCGUGCUGCGCAAGGUUGGUGCUCAGACACCAUUGAAGGCUCGCUUGAGGAGACCGAACUUCGCACCAAUUGUCACGAUCAGACUCUCGAGAACGUGCAGAAUUGCUUCAUGGAUCAAGAAUACUACUCAUCCAGAGACUAUGAAAUGUCUGAUAUCCAGGUACCACUACUCUCCGUCGGCAAUUGGGGCGGAAUCCUGCUGCAUCUUCGUGGGAAUGUGGAAGGCUUCAUGAACGCUGGGUCGCAGACCAAGUACUUACGGUUUGUUACUGGACGUCAUGAUCUCCCAUUCUAUACGGCAGAAUGUGUCGCACUUCAGAAGAGUUUCUUAAACGCCUUUCUGAAGGGUGACGACCCACAAGGGUGGUCGCAAGCCAAGCAGCCGCCGAUCGGGUACAAGCUUCGAAUAGGUGAUGUUGGGUACAACGACUCCGCGGCAGAAGAUGCUUAUCCCAUCAAACAUGGACAAGCUUGGCCCCUCCCAGACACUCGUUACACGAAAUACUAUCUGACUGCGGCCCGGGAACUGACAACUUCUCCGGGUGAGACGAUGCAGACUAAGGGAUGCAUAUCAUACGAAGCACUUGGCAGUCUGGAGCACGUUCAGGCGGUGCAUUUCUCCUCCGCACCGUUUGAUGAAACGGUCGAGUUCACUGGUCAUGUCACUGCACACCUCAACGUCUCCGUCACAGCAGUCAGCGGAUCCGACACACAACCUUCAGACAUUGAUAUCUUCCUUACACUUCGUCAUCUCAAUGCCGAUGGAAAGGAGAUAUAUUACACAGGAACGAUAGGAGAUCCGGUCCCAGUAACGAAGGGCUGGCUACGCUGCAGUCUUCGCGCAAUCGAUGAAUGCAGUCCACGCCACGCACCCUGGCACCCAUGGAGAGCUUAUCGGUCUAUCGACUCUUCUGCUCUGCACCCCGGUACGGUGUAUAGCGUCGACGUGGAGAUCUGGCCAACCAAUGUGGUCAUUCUUCCGGGUGAGAGACUGAUAUUCGAAGUCUCUUCUGGUGACACGCAAGGUGCUGGUUUGUUCAAACACACUUCUGAGGAGGACAGGCAUGUCGAUCGAUUUGCCGGGGCGAACCAUAUUCACUUCGGGGAAGGUUAUGACAACUGGGUAUUGAUGCCCGUCAUUGGGGCUACCUCGAGCGGGCAAGGGUGCAGUGCCUCGUCAGUAGACCAUUGA